CUCUCCCCGUGCAAGGUUUCUCUCGCUAGAAUGAAGUCUACUGUGUAGAUGUGUACCUGCCUGUUCAUCGGCUUCCCUUGCUAAAUAUGCUACGAAGCCGAACAUGUCACGAACUCUCUUGCUCUCUUUCGGAUUGACGGCCUCCCUCACCAACACAACAAAUAACAACAAGACAACCUCUGCCUAGGUUCAUACUUGGGUUCCCCCGUCUCACUGACUGGCAAGCAGUGAGAGAAAGCUCAAGUUGAAACGUACUCGCCCCGAAACCCCCAGGCCCGGUCCAGCCCAGCCCCCCCGGACAACCUUGAACACAAACCCCUGCUACCGCUACCGCUACCCGCGGCCACCAAUCCACCACCGACCGACUGGACCACGUUGAUCAAGACUGGGGAGCGAGGGUCCUCACUUCUCUCCAUCUCUUCAGAAUCCGUUUAUUAUAUCCCUCCCUCCCACUUCUGCUGUUCGUCCAGCCACACUGUCAAAAGUCUUGGUAUUGGGGUCUGUUCCACACUUCUUCACCGUCCCUUGUCCCAGUGAUACAACCUCGGUGUACCCGCCCUCUUCGACUUCAUAUAAGACGUCCUUUUCGCUCUUGCAUCAUUACGACUUCUUCCUAGUGAAGCAUCUUGGAAAUCAAACAACGUCUAGACAAGCAUAGACGCCUCAACUCGCCGGCAUGUCGGCUCCGAGGUCACCCUACCGCCAGAGCUAUAGAUCGUCAACCGAUGGACGAUCGCGGCGACGAGAAUCAAACCACCCCAUCAUCCCUCCCGAGAAGGCACGCACUUCAAACUACUCCUCCCGCGGCGAGGAGCUGCCGAGCCACAAUGGGCACCUACACCGGAAACCUCCGCCAGGCAGCAAAGUCAGGGUCAAGCCGUCCGGCGAGAGUGGCCGCCGUGGCUUUCACCCUUUCAAGUUCCUCAAGAUCUCCUGGAAAUCGUCAAGUCGAGCCUCUCUCCUCUGUAACUUUCUCUGGCCUUUCGUACCUGCCGCGUUUGCCGUCCGAUACACUCGACCAAACGACCAUGUCCUCAUCUUUAUCCUCACUUACAUCGCCAUGAUCCCCUGUGCCAACAUGGUUGGAUUCGCCGGUCAGGAGCUUUCUCGCAAAGUGAGCCACGUUUUUGGCGUGCUGAUUGAGACGACCUUUGGUUCCAUUGUCGAAAUCAUCCUGUUCAUGGUACUACUCGCCGGAGACCAGUUUACCGUUAUCAAGGCUGCCAUUCUCGGUUCUAUCCUGGCAACUAUGCUUCUAUGCCUGGGACUGUGCUUCAUUGCGGGUGGCAUGCGGCGAGACGAGGCCGAGUUCAGCGAAGUCGUCAGUGAAGCCGGCAGCGGCUUGCUGCUCACAGCAGGUGUCGCCCUCGCCAUCCCGACCCUGUUCGCCAACUCGCUCGAAAAUCAGCUCACCGGCGAAGAACUCGGCAGCAAAACACGCCACAUCUCGCGCAUCGUAUCCUGCCUCCUCAUCAUCGCCUACGCCGUCUACGUCUACUUCCAAGCCCGAACCCACCACGGAAUCUACGACGCCAUCUUUGAGCACGACGAGCAGCGAGACCACGACAAGCGCAAGGACCUCAACAAGCCCAAGCUGACGCUGACCGAGUGCCUCGUCGCCCUCGUCAUCGCAAUCACCCUCGUCACCUUCAUGGCCAUCUACCUCGUCGAGCAGAUCGCCCCCAUCGUUGAGCGGCACAACAUCUCGGACCCCUUUAUGGGUCUCAUCCUCGUGCCCCUCGUCGAGAAGGCCGCCGAGCACCUCACGGCCGUCGACGAGGCGUGGGACAACCAGAUGAACUUUGCCCUGUCGCACGUCCUCGGCGCCACGCUGCAGACGGCUCUCUUCAACGCGCCGCUCGUCGUCAUCGUCGCGUGGGGCCUGCACAAGCACAUGGACCUCGUCUUCGAGGUGUUUGAUAUCGGCAUGCUCAUCCUGGCCAUCUUGACCGUUGGAAACUUCUUGAGGGACCAGAAGAGCAAUUACCUCGAGGGAUUCUUGAGCGUGACGAUUUACGUCGCUAUUGCCGUGGCUGCGUUUUACUACCCCAACCCGCCCGGUCACGGUGGCGCUGCCGAGGGUACGAGUGCAGAAGGGGGCCAUUGAGUGAGGCAUGUGUUCAAGUACCAAUAGGAUAGGAAAGCGAAAUAACGAAAGUCACGAAAGAAAUGUACAUAUAUUGCUUUUUGGGAGUUAACAUUCAAGGAGAGCAUACGGGC